UCAGUGAGUGGAUAAUAUUAGGAAGUCCGUCAAGCCAUGAUCAGAAAGAGUCAGCAUUCUGACCUUUGACACAUAGAUACAAUCUGUUAAAAAAGUAUGUUUGGCUCAUAGACUAUUUGAGUUCACAGCCACUCGGCGUGAGCAGAACAUGGUUUUGUUGCGUCCAAAGCCCUCAAUGUUGUGGCUCGUUGCUGUUGUUCUGACAGCUCAUGUGAGUGAAGCUGCAGGGAAACCGAAACUGAUCGAGGAUGGGGCGGCCUGUGAGUCCAUGGACUCGGCGGCGCUCAGCCUCCGGUCCAGUAAAGCCUCCUCCCCGGACGGCCCGGAGCCAGGAGACCCCGCCGCCGCCUUCAGGGUCGCCACUCUGGAUGGGGAGUUCUCUUACGAGCCCGGUGCUCAGCGGGGUCCUCUCAUCAUCCACGCCUUCUCCAACAAGUCUGCCUUCCUGGAGUGUCUGUGGAGCUCGGAGUCGUCCCUGAGCAGCCUGGUGGAGGAGCUCCCCGUCAGCAGCCAGGUGCUCUUCCUGUCGCUGGACGACUCCGCGGUCAGUGACGCUCUGUGGAUGAGGGAGCAGCUGCAGAGGGUCGCCAUGCGCAGCAAUAAGGAGGUUCUGUCCAGGCUGCACUUUUCUCCGGUGCCGGUCUUCGCUCUGGGGAACUGGAUCCCCAAUGUGCUUUACUACUGGCGCUGCAUGGGGCGUGGCUGCGUCUUCUCCCAGGUCGUUUUCAAAUCCAAAGAGUGGCACAUGCCUAUAAUCAUCAAGAGACUUGAUGCACGGUACGAUUGGCUCUCAGUGCGCUGGGAUCAUAGGACGUAUCUGCUGACGGAUGCAGGCGACGGGUGUGAACCUUCCCCCUCGGUGGAGGGUGCUCUGGCCUGGGUGUCUGAGGGCGGCUGCUCCUUCUUCACUAAGGUGCAGAGCAUGACUAAAUCCAACGCCUCCGGUGUCCUUGUCUACACUCUGCCCGGUAACCCGAUCCAGGACAUGAACUGUGUCGGGGAUGAGUGCGACACGACGCUGGGCAUCCCCGCUGCCAUGGUGCAUCUGGAGGUUUCUGUCGCCCAGGCACUCCAGUUUGGACAGCCGGUGUUUGUGUCCUUCCAAUACACUCCGUCCCCAAACUUCUUCAUCAGUAUUGACCAUCAGGGGCUGCUGGCUGAGAUGGGCUGGUUCAUUUACCCCUCAUUCAGCUUCAUCAACUGGCAGGCACAGUGUCGACGACGACUGCUCAGCUCCUUGUCAAAUUUUGACAAGCUGGAGCUGGAUGCGUCUCUGUCGUGUCCCGGCAAUAGAGACUCGUCCUGCGCUCACUGGGAUCACACAGUGCAGCUGUUUGUCUGCUGCGAUCCCCUCGGCCCGCACUGCAACAUGGAGCUCGGUCGAUGGAUCACAGCCUUCCGCAGAGGUACUGGGCGCUGGCUGACAGACGUGUCUCCUCUGAUCCCCCUGCUGGACGGCAACAGGUGUACCCUCACCAUGAAGACGGUCUGGUGGGCGAUGCCGUGGAUCGCCUCCCUCAACCUGAGGUUGAGUGUCAGCAACAAGACAGAUUAUCGUGUACAGACACUCCGCCCAUUCAGAGUUAUGGCACUUUACAAUGGGGGAACCUUUGACAAAAAUUACAACAAAAGAUUUAAGCCAACCGAAGUCCACAUCCCAGCAUCAACCAAAAAGGUGGAGUUAUACGCCAUCAUCACAGCUCACGGCUACGAUGACAACCACUGUGGAGAAUUUUGCGUCACCUCCCACAACUUCUUGAUCAACAAUGUUUUUAACAACACUCUCAUAUUCGAUUCUGCCGGAUCACCUUUGGGCUGCACCCUGAGAGUGAAAGAGGGCGCGGUACCAAACGAGCACGGCACAUGGCUGUACGGACGAGGAGGAUGGUGUGAUGGACUGCAGGUCGACCCCUGGAGGACGGAUAUCACCACACAGCUGAACAUGAGCGAGUUUAAUUCAAACACGAUUGUCUACUUUGGCUUGUUCAAAGGAAAGGAUCCUAAUCCAUCUAAGGAUCCUGGAUACAUCAUCAUGACUUCACUUCUUGUCUUUUACAAAUGAUGCCAAUCUGGAAAACUUCAAAUAAUGAAUGUAACACUGGAUGUACGAUCAAAGUCAAAUAUAAAAGGAUUUUU